AUGAAGUACUACUAUGAGGAUCUGGGGUUGAUCCUAGCAAUAUUGCUAUGGGUUGCAUGGGUGAUAAUGAUACGGCGCCGUCGCCGACACCUUCGAUUGGAGGAGAAAGGUGAUCGGCUCCCACCGGGGCCUAGAUCGUGGCCAGUGGUUGGAAACAUUUUCCAGCUGGGUUGGGCACCCCAUGAGUCCUUUGCAAAGUUGGCUCGACAGCACGGUCCCAUCAUGACCCUUUGGCUAGGGUCAAUGAGCACGGUGGUCAUCUCGUCCAAAGAAGUGGCUCGAGACAUGUUCAAGAACCAUGACGUGGUUCUUGCCGGUAGGAAGAUUUAUGAGGCCAUGAAGGGAGACUAUGGUAAUGAGGGCUCCCUCAUUACUGCUCAAUAUGGUUCUCACUGGCGCAUGUUGAGGCGCUUGUCCACCGCCGAGUUUUUCGUCUCAAGCCGUCUGGAAGCCAUGAGGGGAGUUCGUGGGAGGUGCAUCGAUGAAAUGGUGCAGUUCAUAGAAGAUGCUAGUGCAUCUGGUACCAAAGGCAUCGACGUUGGGAGGUUCUUCUUCUUGAUGGCUUUCAAUCUCUUAGGAAACCUAAUGUUUUCGAAAGACCUGCUGGACCCCAAAUCAGAGAGAGGGGCCAAGUUCUUCUUCCAUGCAGGAAAGGUGAUGGAGUUCGCCGGGAAGCCGAACGUGGCGGAUUUCUUUCCAAUUCUAAGGUGGCUUGACCCGCAGGGUAUAAGAAGAAAGACACUGUUCCAUGUCGAACGCGCCUUCGAAAUCGCAGGAGGGUUCAUCGCAGAGAGGAUGGAAAGCAUGGAAAAUGGCCGCAAUGAAGAGAUCAAGAGAAAGGACUACUUGGAUGCGCUUUUGGAGUUUCGUGGCGACGGUGUGGAGGAACCCUUAAGGUUUUCUUCAAGAACCAUCAACGUCGUCGUUUUUGAGAUGUUUACAGCGGGGACCGACACAACGACAAGCACGCUGGAGUGGGCAAUGGCUGAGCUUCUCCACAACCCAGAAACUUUGAAAAAAGUCCAGGCCGAGAUGAGGAUCGCCAUAACCCCAAACAAGAAGCUUGAAGAGAAGGACAUCGAGAACCUUCCAUACCUCAAAGCUGUCAUAAAGGAAACGCUAAGGCUACACCCACCUCUCCCUUUCCUAGUCCCACACAUGUCCAUGGAUUCCUGCAACAUGCUCGGCUACUCUAUUCCAAAAGAAACACAAAUCCUCGUCAAUGUUUGGGCGAUCGGACGGGACCCGAAGACGUGGGAAGAGCCUCUGGUUUUCAAGCCAGAGAGGUUCUUGGAGCCAAACGCGGCGGAUUUCAAGGGUCACCAUUUUGAGUUCAUACCCUUUGGAUCUGGGCGGCGCAUGUGCCCAGCCAUGCCGCUUGCCUCUCGUGUGCUUCCGCUGGCUCUCGGGUCUCUCCUGCACUCGUUUGAUUGGGCCUUGGCCGACGGGCUUAAGCCGGAGGAGAUGGACAUGGCCGAAGGGAUGGGGAUAACGCUUAGGAAAGCCGUCCCGUUGAAGGCCGUACCAAUACCUUACCAACGGCGCUGUGUUGGUAUAUAAGAAGUUCAUGGGAUAGGAUUUUACAAUACAUGUGUACGUGCAGAUUAUGAUUAAAAGCUAUGCGUAUAUAUGAAAUGCAUGGCUCCAUAUCUCUUGUCAUCGAUGAUCACCAAGAUGGUAUUG